CUCCUUGUCGGCGAGGCUGGCCGGUCCCCGCCCGGGGAGGUACCGUCCGGCCGCCCCGCCCGUGCACUUCCUCAGCGGCCCGCGAAGGCGGCCGCGGCAGCCGUCGUGCCCCUGCGUGGGGCGCAGGCGAGGAGCCGCGGCGGGACCAUGACCCAGAGCCGGGAGCCGCGUCCCGCCGCGCCGUUAGACAAGGAGCUGGAGGCGCUGGGGUGGUAUCAUGAUAAUCUUACCCGACACGCAGCAGAAGCGCUGCUGCUUUCCAAUGGGCAGGAUGGAAGUUAUCUCUUGAGGAAGAGUAAUGAAAGGGAAGAUCUUUACUCCCUCUCUGUAAGGGGAAAAGAUUCUGUCAAACACUUCCUUGUUGAACAUACAGGAACGUCUUUCAAAUUUGGAUUUAAUGAAUUUUCUAGCUUGAAGGAAUUAGUCAUGCAUUUUGCAAAUCAGCCUUUAAUUGGAAGCGAAACAGGAACCUUAAUUGUAUUGAAGCAUCCCUACCCACGGGAAGUAGAAGAACCUUCCAUUUAUGAGUCUGUCCGAGUUCACACAGCCAUGCAGACAGGAAGAACAGAAAGCGACCUUGUUCCAAACGCUCCUUCACUUGGUACAAAAGAAGGAUAUUUGAUAAAACAAGGCAAAAUAGUCAAGAAUUGGAAGACAAGGUGGUUUACACUGCAUAGGAAUGAACUUAAGUAUUUCAAAGACCAGACAGCCACAGAACCGAUUCGGGCACUUGACUUAACUGAAUGCUCAGCUGUGCAAUUUGACUAUUCCCAGGAAAGAGUCAAUUGUUUCUGUUUAGUGUUCCCGCUAAGGACGUACUACCUGUGUGCAAAAACUGGAAUAGAAGCUGACGAGUGGAUUAAAAUACUGCGAUGGAAACUGUCACAGAUACGGAAGCAACUGGAGCAGCGUAACGCCACCCUCAGCUCCUAGCUGCACCUCUCCUGCUUCCCUCCGGUGGCAGGAACUGCCUCCUGGCCAAGGAAGGGCAUCGCUUACAAGAGGACGGUUUCACAUCUCCGUUACUCAUGGUGGGCACACGUGUCUGUGUACUCGCAUGGGGACACUUGCAUACAGCUCUGUGCACAGAGGACUCGUACAGCUGAGUGCUCUCAGGCCACUGAGUCACGUGCGGAGACAGCCGCAAAAUCAGUGUGUUGGUUUGGUGUGCAUGGUGUGUGCCUGUAACACUCUUAAACACCUCUUAACUAGUCACAGAGGUAGUCACUGUUGAAAACUUCUGUGGUUAUUCAGAGCACUCUUGGUAAUUUGUUGGAAGCACCAUCACAACUUUCUAUCAGCAAGCAGCACAUUCUUUAACCUUGAGCCAGUUAUUUAAAACCAGUCCUUUCUGGAAACAUUAGUUACUUCUUUUGUAUGAUCUGUUUAGGCUCUAAACCAAAAGAAAAAUGACAGUAGUCAUUUACAUUGUUGUAAAUAGUAUCUAUAUUACAACCCAGAGAAUAUUUCAAGGUGAUGGAUGAGUAAACACUUAGUUCUGGUCAAA